AUGCCCGAGUCUCUCAAUGAGAAUAAGCCUCCGGUUCCAGCUGAGCCGGGUAUGAAGAACCAGAUCGUCGUCGACGACUACCGGCGGAUAGAUAAGAUUCUUGACGAAGAGAGAACAUACCUCCUAAACAUAGUCACGAAGAUCAAGAAAGCGAAGUCUAAUGUGCUUUCAUCCAAAAUCUUUGGAUACAAAAUAUUUGCAUUCGCAAAAUAUGAGCAGGAGCAGCGAAUGAUGAUUGGUUUGAAUGUGUACAAGGAUGUAAAUAUACGUGAGCUUGAAGAGUUUAGGUGCAGGGCCUUCAUCUUCGUCCAAGCCAUGUCGCCCAGUUCUUUCAACUUUGAAAAUGCCCACGGAACCCCUUAUGUUCUAGCUGACAGGGAUGCUUAG